CAUAACAUUCACAUUCAUUCAUUCUUUCACUUCUAACAGAACAUAAACAAACUCUUACACUUAUUGUUCAUUCAUUCAACAAUAACCUCAAAAAACCGUUGCUGUUCUGUUUCUCAAUUGUUACCUCUUCUCAUUAAUAAAAACACUUCAAAGCUCAAUCAAAUAAUUCAUCAAUGACUACGACGGAAGUAGUUUCUGUAAGGAAACUAAUCGUCGAAGUCAUCAAUGCAAAGAAUCUAAUGCCCAAAGACGGUCAAGGAACAGCGAGCGCUUAUGCGAUCGUUGAUUUCGAUGGUCAAAGAAAGCGAACAAAAACAAAAUCAAGAGAUUUGAAUCCUCAAUGGGACGAGAAACUCGAGUUUUUAGUCCUCGACCAAGAGUCGAUGACCUCUGAGACGAUGGAGAUCAAUCUUUACAACGACAAAAAAACAACUGGGAAGAGAAGUACUUUUUUAGGAAAAGUUAAAAUCUCUGGAAGCACGUUUGUGAAAAGCGGUGAAGAAGUGAUUGUUUACUAUCCGUUAGAAAAAAGGAGCGUUUUCUCUCAGAUUAAAGGUGAACUUGGUUUGAAAAUUUCUUACGUGGAUGAAAUUUUACCUGUUACCGAUUCAGCCGGUGAUGACAAGAAAGAAGAGAAAGUUGAAGAGAAGUCACCGGUAACCGAAUCAGCCGGUGAUGGUGAGAAAAAAGAAGAGAAUCCACCGGUUACCGAUUCAGCCGGUGAUGAGAAGAAAAAAGAAGAAAAUACAAAAGAAGAGGAAAAACCAAAAGAAGAAACUCCAGCAGAGAAAACUCCGGCUCCGGGAAAUCCACCGGAGAAUCCACCGGCAACUCCGCCGGCACCGGAGGUUGUUAAUCCACCGGUAGCUGAAACGAAGGAUGUGAAAAUCAAAGAGAAACAAUAUGAAAUUGUUCAGAAACGUGCUGAUGUGAUCAAUGUGAGUGAUCACGAGCUUCGAUCUCUGAGUAGAGAUCGAAGCAGAAGUGUGGCAUACGAUCUAGUUGAUCGAAUGCCAUUUCUAUAUGUUCGCGUUGUUAAAGCGAAGCGAUGUGAAUCAAAAUCUGAAUCUGUGAAGCUUUUUUCAAAGCUUGUGAUUGGAACUCAUAGUGUGAGAACAAAGAGUGAAAAUGAAGGUAAAGAUUGGGAUCAGGUUUUUGCUUUUGAUAAAGAAGGACUUAAUUCAACUUCUUUAGAAGUUUCCGUUUGGUCCGAAUCAGAAUCAGAAUCAGAAAACAAAGAGAAACAAAUAACGGAGAUUUCACUCGGAACGGUGUCGUUUGAUUUGCAAGAAGUUCCGAAGAGAGUUCCACCGGAUAGUCCAUUAGCACCGCAAUGGUAUACGCUUGAAUCGGAGAAUUCACCGGGAAAUGACGUCAUGAUUGCGGUAUGGAUUGGAACUCAAGCAGAUGAAGCUUUCCAGGAGUCGUGGCAGUCGGAUUCCGGUGGUUUGAUACCGGAGACACGAGCAAAAGUUUAUCUUUCUCCGAAGUUGUGGUAUUUGAGAUUAACGGUUAUCCAAACCCAGGAUUUACAACUGGGUUUGGCUGGUUCGGGCUCCGAACAUAAGGUUCGGAGUCCUGAGCUUUUUGUUAAGGCUCAGCUUGGUGCUCAGGUUUUUAAAACCGGUCGGACCGGUUUAGUCAGCUCAGGUAAUCCGACAUGGAAUGAAGAUUUGGUUUUUGUGGCUUCUGAGCCGUUUGAACCGUUUCUAGUUAUUACAUUGGAAGAUGUUUCAAAUUCAAGAUCAAUUGGGAAAACGAAGAUCCAUGUGGCGUCGAUGGAGAGGAGAUUAGAUGAUCGGACGGAUGUGAAAUCGAGAUGGUUUAAUCUUUGUGGUUCAGAGGAAAAUCUUUCUUACACAGGUAGGAUACAUAUUCGUGCUUGUUUAGAAGGUGGAUAUCAUGUGAUAGAUGAAGCAGCUCAUGUGACCAGCGAUGUUCGUGCUUCUGCGAAGCAGUUAAUGAAGCCUCCAAUUGGUUUACUUGAAGUUGGGAUUCGUGGAGCAACGAAUCUUCUUCCGGUGAAAACCAAAGAUGGGACACGUGGAACAACUGAUGCUUAUGUGGUGGCGAAAUAUGGUCCAAAAUGGGUUCGAACCAGGACUAUUGUAGACCGGUUUAACCCGAGAUGGAAUGAGCAAUACACAUGGGAUGUUUAUGAUCCUUGCACGGUUCUCACAAUUGGAGUUUUCGACAAUGGAAGGUUUCAGAAAGAUGCUAGAGAUGUUAGAAUGGGGAAAAUUCGUGUGCGGUUGUCUACACUAGACACUAACCGUGUUUACGUUAAUUCUUAUUCGUUGAUUGUUUUAUUGCCAGGCGGUGCGAGGAGAAUGGGUGAGAUUGAAAUUGCGGUUAGAUUUUCAUGUUCUUCAUGGUUGAGUUUAAUGCAGGCUUAUACAAGUCCAAUUCUACCAAGAAUGCAUUAUGUUAAACCAUUCGGCCCGGGUCAACAAGAUGUGUUGAGACAAACCGCUAUGAAGAUAGUAACCGCUCGUUUAGCCCGGUCCGAACCGGCUUUGGGUUCUGAAGUGGUUCAGUUCAUGCUUGAUUCUGAUACUCAUGUGUGGAGCAUGAGGAAAAGUAAAGCGAAUUGGUUUAGAUUAGUUGGAUUUUUGUCACGUGCGACGACUGUGUUUUAUUGGUUAGAUGGAAUUCGCACAUGGGUGAAUCCUGCAACAACGGUUUUAGUUCACGCACUUCUCAUAGCAAUUGUGUUCUGUCCUUAUUUGAUUCUACCAACAGUGUUCAUGUAUGCUUUCUUGAUUUUGAUUUUGAGGUUUAGGAACAGAAUGAGGGUGCCAAAGAACAUGGAUCCGAGGAUGUCCUACGUGGACAUGGUAAGUUUGGAUGAACUUGACGAAGAGUUUGAUGGGUUUCCAACAAUGAGGUCUGUGGAAGUGGUUCGAAUCAGGUACGACAGGGUGCGUGCUCUUGCGGGGAGGGCACAAAGUUUGAUUGGCGACGUUGCAGCACAGGGUGAGAGAUUGGAAGCUUUGUUUAGUUGGAGAGACCCACGUGCUACAGCGAUGUUUGCGGUGUUCUGUUUGGUAAUGUCUUUGGUUUUCUAUGCUGUGCCGUUUAAAGGGUUUGUGCUUUUGGCCGGGUUUUAUUAUCUGAGGCAUCCAAGGUUUCGGGGUGACAUGCCGACUGUUUUCGUGAACUUCUUUCGGAGACUUCCGUCAUUUUCUGAUCAGAUCAUGUAAUCAAGAUAUGUAGCUUAUUACUUUAAUCACUUAUUAGUAGUUUAAUUAGUUCUUAAGGUGGCACUGUUUUUUUAAUGGUGUUUGUUUAUGUUAUGCUAUGAGAAGUGUUAUUUCAUUUAUUAAUUCAUUUAUUUAAUAUGAUUUGAGCUA